AUGGUCACAUAUGUGCAGCUUGCCAUUUCUGCCAACAUGCUGGGCAUGUCGCUUUUCUUGCUUAUUGUUUUCUAUCACUAUGUGGUUGUCAACAAUCCCAAGAAACAGGAAUGA